GGAAGCCAGGUUUAUAAAGCAAAAGACACCGACCCCUACGCUGGCUUUUCCUCCCCAGCUCCUCUGUCCCCCGCUUGAGGUCUGCAUUCCAGCCAGCUGCCCACCGGCCUAGCCUCUCUUGCGCCAUGGCCCUCAGCGAUGCUGACGUGCAAAAGCAGAUUAAGCAUAUGAUGGCUUUUAUUGAACAAGAAGCCAAUGAGAAAGCAGAAGAAAUAGAUGCAAAGGCGGAAGAAGAGUUUAACAUUGAGAAGGGCCGCCUGGUGCAGACCCAGAGGCUGAAGAUCAUGGAGUACUAUGAGAAGAAGGAGAAGCAGAUUGAGCAGCAGAAGAAAAUUCAGAUGUCCAAUUUGAUGAAUCAAGCAAGACUCAAAGUCCUCAGAGCAAGAGAUGACCUUAUUACAGACCUACUAACUGAAGCAAAACAGAGACUCAGCAAAGUGGUAAAAGAUACAACUAGGUACCAAGUGCUGCUGGAUGGACUGGUCCUACAGGGUUUGUACCAGUUAUUGGAACCCCGAAUGAUUGUUCGUUGCAGGAAACAGGAUUUCCCUCUGGUCAAGGCGGCGGUGCAAAAAGCAAUCCCUAUGUACAAAAUUGCCACCAAAAAAGAUCUUGACGUUCAAGUUGAUCAGGAGGCCUUCCUGCCUGAGGAAAUAGCUGGUGGAGUUGAGAUCUACAACGGGGAUCGUAAAAUAAAGGUUUCCAAUACCCUCGAAAGCCGGCUGGACCUCAUCGCCCAGCAGAUGAUGCCAGAAGUACGGGGAGCCUUGUUUGGUGCAAAUGCCAACAGGAAGUUUCUGGAUUAAACCUGUGGGAGGCGGAGUUCACCCACUGCUCUACAGCUGUGAUAUGGAAGUUUCUGCUAUUUGAAGAAACAAGAUUAUCUCUGUAAUUUCCUCCUUGCUGUACUAAUAUUCUGUAUUUAUCAGUGGAUACCUUUCUGUAGCUAAUGCCCUUGGCCUAAUUAACAAUGAGAGAAAGUUACCCAACUUUCGCUUGCUUCUGCAGCAUCAAGGUGAGGGGACCAGAUGGUGGUUGCAUGAAAUUCAAGUUUGCUGCUCUUUGUCUGGUUCCAGUUAUCCAGUGUAGAGGGUGGUGGGUAAGGUGUUCUCCACUGUUAAAUCUCUUCAGGCUUAAAAUGCAUGUGGGGCACACAUUCCUCCCAGCGGUCGUAGCUUCACUGUUACCUGUUUGGGCCUAGUCGUUUUCCUCAUCUGUAAAUGUGAUUGAAAAUCUAAGCCAUGAAUAUGCUUUAUUUAUUAAAACAAAAGGUUUACGUGGAUUUCAUUGUAAAUUAUUAUGCCAGGGCACUGCGAAUUUGUGAUGUGAGAGAGUCAGGUCUUACCAGGGUGUCUAGAAAAGCAGCAUGUUCCAAAUCCCUUAAGCAUCUGCUGGUUGACCACUGUCAAUUCUUGAAACCAUUGUGUCCUUGGUGCUUCCUGCUCAUUUUAACCAGACCCUUCCCCGGAAAUAUCCCUUCCAACCCCUCGCGAUUGUAACGCACACACCACACACACAGGUGUUCGAGGGUUUGACAGCUUUAUUGAGGAAACAGUUUUAUUAGCUUUGGCGGAGUCAGAAAAGAAACCGGGUAUCUCGAGAGGAGUUACUUGUGUUAGGCCUGAAUAAACCCUUCCACAAAGGUCCUUUUCUUCCGCUUCUCAUUCUUU